GCCGCCCUCGUUGCCCCCACUUGACCUGAACCCGCAGUCCAUGGACCCGUCGUGCUUCCCGAGCUCUGCGAUGGUGCAGCGUGCCGACGGCGAGACCGCCCCCCUCUCCUCGCUCUCCGCCGGCGACUCGAUCCUCGUCGCUGCGGCCGACGGCACCCUCGGCUUCGACGUCGUCUCCUCCUUCUCGCUGGCCGACCCGUCCGCCAAGGCGGUUUUCCUCUCGCUCGCCACCGCGACGGCGACGGUCGCGCUCACCCCGACGCACAAGCUGCCCGCCGGCCCGGCAACGGCGCUCAAGCAGGCGUCCGAGGUUGCCGUUGGAGAGACGAUCUGGCUCGCGUCGCCGGCCGCGGGCGCGCUCGUGCAGGAUCCCGUCCUCAAGAUAACCACGGUCGUGGCCGACGGGCUGCACAGCCCGCUCACCAAGCACGGAGGCUGGCCAAUCGUUGACGGCGUCGCGACCUCGUACAACAGCGCGGCCGUCGUCGCGCGCAACAAGUACCUCGUACCGCUCGUCGAGGCGGUCUGCCCCUCCCUCGGCCGCCUCGUCGUGGCGGCCGCGAACCCAAAGGCGAUGCACUACAUCGAUGGCGAGGUGGUCGAGCCGCUCUCUUCGCUCGAGCUUGCGCACGCGGCCGUGGUCACGCUCACGGCCGCCAGUACCACGUUUGGCGCGCGCUCAAGCUCGCGCCAUCGUUUGUCGUAGUUGGGGAGAGCUCACCUCAAGUGAGCGAGAGACGGAGCCCCCACGUUUACAAACCAAAGAAAUUCGC